AUGAGAGGACUUCUCAACCCAAGGGCCCCUCGCCACCCUGUGCUCGCGAUUGCGGUGGCUCGCGGCAUCACGGAGCUGGAACUUUCAGAGAUAUUAAGCAGACGCUUUUACCCCAGCCCUCCCUGCGCCUCCAAGCCCUUCGCCCCAUACAGUGGAGUGCCAUCGACGCUGACCAUCGCCGAGUUCUCCACAUGUGUCACGGACUUUCGCGCGGUUCGAGAGUGGCUGCCACGCUCGCGGAGACAGGCGCCUGGUAUCGACCGAACGCCGAGCGUUGAGCGCUACUGUCCACGUUCCGGCCAGUGGGUUGUGGUGCGUCGCAUGAACAGGAAGCGCAGCGACGCUGCUGCCUGCGCCUUGAAAAGCCGAGUGUACGUGUGUGGCGGCUUCAACGGCAGGCGCUGCCUGGACAGCGCUGAGGAAUACACGCCCGAGACGGACAGCUGGUCGUUCGUUCAUUCGCUGCCCUUCGCCCGCAAUAGCCACCGAAUGAUCAAGAUGGGUGCCUACGUCUACGUUUUGGGUGGCUUUGACGGCCGCCGGCGUCUAACUUCAGUGGUGCGCAGCCUGGCAGAGCCUCCAUUCAAAUGGCAGAGCGUGGCUCACAUGAGGAGAGCCCGGAGCACUUUUGCGCUGGCACAGCUCGACGACGAGCUGUACGUCAUCGGCGGCUACGAUGGCAAGACAUUCGUAGCCAGCGUGGAGCGCUACUCGCCUCAGGACAAUACUUGGAGGGCCGCACCGGAGCUGACCAAGCCUGUGAGCGCCUUGGCCGCUUGCGUCGUGACAGGUGCACCUAUUGCCAAGAAGCUAUCUGUGAGAGGCACUCUAUAG